AUGGCCGAAAAGACUGAGAUUUCGAAUCCGAAGCUAGUUGUUCAUGACAACGAUGGUGAUGAAGUUGAUUUAAAGGGUUUGUUCAAGAGGCCAUUCUGCGACGAGUUCAUGCAAUUCUGCUUUGAGAGAUUUGAAGUCGGAAUCUGGUCUUCUGCUAUGGAGUCAGACCAAAAACAAUGCACAGAUUCUGGGUUCAAGACGUUGGAGAAUAAGGGCAAGCCUCUCCUUUUGAAGGAGCUGAAUAAACUCUGGAACAAUCAGCACUUAAGUCUUCCAUGGCGAAAGGGGCGGUAUUCUGCAUCUAACACCUUACUAAUCGAUGAUACUCCUUACAAAGCUCUGUUGAACCCGCCCAACACUGCAAUCUUCUCUGAUACAUACGAAGUGGAGGGCACUUCAGAUAUAUCUUUAGGAGCUCAUGGUGAACUCAGACUUUACCUAGAGGGCCUGGCGACUGCAGAUGAUGUCCCCUCUUAUGUGAUGGAACACCCAUUUGGUCAGCCUCCAAUAACUUGUGUUCAUCCGGACUGGGACUUCUACUUGGACAUCAUUCAGUAUUUGAAUGCUGGAUCAGCGGAUAGAGGAGAGCACAGCAGCAAAGAUGAUAGACUCGAUUAUUAAGUAUUAAGUUUGGUGCUAAAUUAGAUGGUUGGACCGUAUGAACCGGGAUUGACAGAAAAUUGAUGUUUUGAUAUUUA